UCGAGGGCAAUUGGGACAGGAUGUGUUGCGUGUGGAAGAGGUGCCGAUGCUGAUAGAAGCGCUAGCAGGAAUUAAAAUAAGUUUUAUAGCUGCUGGCGGCUGGCACAGCGCAGCCAUUUCCGCUUUCGGCGAUCUCUAUACCUGGGGUUUCAAUUCAAAUGGCCAAUUGGGUUUACGUAUGUUCAAAAUAACCGCUGCGGGAAAUAUUAAACAGCCAACAGUAUUUACGUUGCCACAAAUUGUAGAAAUACCAGAGUGUAAAUGCAUGCAGGCGAAAGAUUCUACAAUGUGUGAUGAAAUAACGCAGAAUAAGGAUGCUACUGGCGAAUGCCUACCAGUGAGAGUUUAUGCAGGUGCACGUCAUACGCUUUUGCAAAUGAAAUGUGGCGCAUUGUGUACGGCUGGCUGGAAUGCACACGGCCAAUUAGGUAUUGGACAUAAAGUGGAUUAUUGUGAUGAAUUUAGAAAAAUCGAAAGCAUCGAGGGUAAAGUUGCAGAAGUGAGCAUUGUUUGCGGAGCGUGGUGUACUGUAAUUGCUAAGAAAAGCUAACGAUUAAAUUAGUAUAAGUAAAAUGUAGGCAAUUGUAAGCAGUAGAAUCAAUUAAUUGGAAUUACUAAAGUCAACUAAAGCUCAAUUUAAUUGAUUCGUAACAAGUUUGUUGUACUUGCGAAUUUAUAGAAUGACUAAUAGCGUUUCCACUUAAUAUGUGAACAAGUAGAAUAAUAUUUGAUUUCUGUGAAAUUCAAUUUUAGCCAAUAUACUACUAGAUUUUUCUUAUUUUUUAAAAACUUAUGAAAUAAUUUGACAACAACGUAACUUAUGAGUAAGUACUAGGAAAUUUAAAAUAUGUAGAUAUGGAUGUUGUAUAAAACCAUACAUACCAAUUCAGUAACUAAAAGAUGUUCGAGUAUGCUUUAAAGUUGUUCCCAGGAUAAAUUUGAAUUUAUUUUCUGCUAAAAUUGAAAUACAUACCUAAGUUAUUCACUUAUGGGAUUCAUUAGGCAACAUAAAGAAGCGUUUACAAUGUCAAAUUGGAGAUGAGAGUGACUCCUGCAGUAGUAAAGAUUCAGUUGUAUUCGAAUACUUCUAGUAUCUUAUUUACGACAUUUGAAGCCUCACUCGAUGUUGUUAUGUAAACAGAAGAAAUUUUAAAACAAAUAAUUUAAAUUUUAAACAAGCUUCUAUUAGUGGUUAAUAAAAAAGAAAAGUCGACCCCUUGGCCACCU